UGAACGUUGUCUUUAUUCGAAAGGGAAGACGUUUGUGUGUAAAGAUGUCACCGUUUGUAAACCGUGACAGCAUCCCAUCAUCCAACACCAGGAGUUGGGUUUUGCCUUCUAGUGAAUGAAAAGCUUCUGAAAUAAUCAAGAUAUCAACUGAUCACUCGAUGGGUCUCUUCAGGGAAUCGUCUACCUGUGCUGACCUUUAUUUUCUCCUCCCCUCUUCCCUUUUCACAAUCCAGAAAAAUAUGACUUGUCACUUAGCCAGAAAUGGCUUUUUAUGGAUUUGUACCAGCCACAGCAAGUGGUAAACCUCACACUGAGGUUAACAUAUGGAGAAGCCUGUAAGCCCACCUGCAAGUUCAUUUUGUCAAAAUUUUUUAAGGUGGAGUUUUUCUGUUUGGGUUCGGAAUAAAGCUUCGUGCGUGAUCGUGUCCGGUUCUUCACUUUAGCUGACUCCAUGACAGCCGACAUGGUGCCCAAGAAAGUAGAUUUGGAGUCUGUACAGAUGCUGCAUGUGGUGGAUUUAAAUCCGGUCAAAUCUUCAGCCAGCGGAACUAACAAAGAGAAGAAAAUGGAGGUUUCCGAAAAAUCUGCCAGCGAGGACUCGGUGGAUCUCAUCCCCAAACGCCUGUGGGUCAUGCACGGGGCUGUCAUGUUCGGCCGUGAGUUUUGCUAUGCCAUGGAAACAGCCCUGGUCACACCUGUGCUGCUACAGAUAGGUCUGCCGGAGCAGUACUACAGUCUGACGUGGUUCCUUAGCCCCAUUUUGGGCUUAAUCUUUACACCUCUGAUUGGCUCAGCCAGUGACCGCUGUACCCUCAGGUGGGGUCGGAGAAGACCCUUUAUUCUGGUCCUGUGUGUAGGAUUGCUGCUCGGUUUAGCGCUCUUUCUCAAUGGUUCUCUAAUAGGUUUGACUGCAGGGGAUGUUCCUGGUAACCAGCCCAUUGGGAUCAUUCUGACAGUGGUAGGUGUAGUGGUGCUGGACUUCUGUGCGGAUGCUUUAGAUGGACCUAUCAGGGCCUACCUGUUGGAUGUCGCUGAUGGAGAAGAUCAAGACAUGGCCCUGAAUAUUCAUGCCUUCUCUGCAGGUUUAGGUGGAGCUUUGGGUUAUAUGCUUGGAGGUUUGGACUGGACAAAUACUUUCUUAGGGCAUGCCUUUAAAGCCCAAGAGCAAGUGCUAUUCUUCUUUGCUUCUAUCAUAUUGUGCAUUUCUGUGGUGCUUCAUCUCUGUAGCAUCAAGGAGCAAUCAAACAAUUCUCGUCAGCAGGAGAUAUCUGAGACUGAGGAAGGAGACACAUCCUCAUCCAUUCAGCUUAAUGAGAUCCUGCCUAAGACUCACCAAGUGCCAGAACUGGAUCUUAUUAUUGAGGAAGAGCCUUUUGAAAUUUAUGAAGACAAUCAAUCUGAGACAGAUAUCCAGAACAAUUUCCUGAAUGUAACGAGAAGUAAAAGUGACUCUGCUCUUGCUGUACCAGACUCUCCUAUUAAACUUGACCCAGAUUUGGACCUCGGUGAUCACUUUUUCCACAAUGUAGAGCCUACUUUUUUCCAAGAUUUCAACAGUGAAAUGCCGUUUGAAUAUUGCCAAAACAACAGCUGUCAGGCUCAUCAGUGCUCCAACCUUGAUGAUCAUCCUGACGUUACCAAAGUUAUCAAUGGAAACCUUGCAGAGGAAGCCAAAUCAAAAUGUGACCUGACCCAUCAAAAUAAAGCCGGUGUUCGUCACUCAAAUGCCACAGUGCGCUGUCGCCAUCCUUCGUUCUACCGGCAACCUUCCUUUACCUUCUCUUACUACGGCCGGGUGCGAUUCCACCGUCUUCGUCGACCCAUCGGUUCAGCUCGCCCGAUUAAGUCAUCACGAAGUCUGAACGACAUUGACAGUAUAACGGAACUGCAGAAGUGUCACACGCUGCAAAAAAGAGGUAGCUCAUCAUCUGGAACGGGUGAAGAUGACAGUGAAAGUGAAGAAGGAGAAGGAAGUGGCACAACUGUGAAACUGCUUUGGUUGUCCAUGUUGAAAAUGCCUCCACAGCUCUGGCGCUUGUGUGUGUGCCAUCUCAUCACUUGGUUUUCCCUUAUCUCUGAGAUUGUUUUCUAUACUGACUUCAUGGGACAGGUUAUCUAUGAAGGAGACCCCAUGGCUGCUGCAAACUCGACCGCACUUCAAAACUACCAUAAGGGAGUACAGAUGGGCUGUUGGGGGCUGGUUAUCUAUGCUGCCACUGCUGCCAUCUGCUCAGCUGUUCUUCAGAAAUACCUCGACAACUAUGACUUGAGCAUCAGAAUCAUCUACAUGCUGGGAACUCUAGGCUUCGCUGUUGGCACGGCUUUAAUGUCCAUCUUCCCCAACGUCUACGUCACCAUGAUAAUGAUAAGCAGCAUGGGAUUUAUUUGUAUGAGCAUGUCAUACUGUCCUUAUGCUUUGCUCGGGCAAUAUCAUGAGAUCAAAGAGUAUGUCCGCCACAGUCCAGGUAACUCUCGCCGAGGCUUCGGUAUCGACUGCGCCAUUCUGACUUGUCAGGUUUACAUUUCUCAGAUUUUGGUGGCGUCAGCUCUCGGUGCGAUCGUGGAAGCCGUAGGCUCAGUGAGAGUGAUCCCAAUGCUGGCAUCAGGGAGUUCCUUCAUCGGGUUUCUUACCGCUGCAUUUCUUGUGAUUUACCCUGACUCAUCUGAUGAUGACGAUGAUGAAAAUGAGCGAGCCCAGAGUACAGCCUGAGCCUGUUGAUGAUUAGCAGACCAGGGUUGCCUUCACUGUGUGAAAUACAGAUGCUUAGGAGCUUCUCAUGAGUAAUAGAGUAAUCAUCACUUUUUCACUGUGAAUAGUUGAGAAAUUAAGUGUUCUACAAAAUCAAAAUUAUAACUCCCAGAAUGCAUUUCUUUUAAACAUAAUGUUAUAUACCUGAGAAGAGUGCGCCUUUCAAUCCUGAUGAUAUCCAGGCUACAUACAGCGCAUACACAAGCAGAAUCUAUUAAGGUACAGAAAACCGCUGUAAUAAUCCUAGCAUUGUGCUGCAAAUAAAUAGGUAUUUUUAAUCGGAAUCAUACAGAACAUUUCAGUGUUCUCUUGGAUAACAGUAUUAUCCGGAAUUCUGAAGCUUCACAUAGAAUUUAUCAGUUUUACAUAAUUUCAGUUUUCAAUAGAAAUUUUUUCUAUUGCCAUGAUGAUAGGGGUGGUCACAGUUCUAACAGAGAGAUGGCAAUCAACACAGUCCACAGAGUUGCUUUUACAACAACUAAAGCUUAAAUUUAUUGGUAAACUAUGUUUGCAUUAUGUCAAACAGCAUUUGCACAUUCAGAUUUCGUUUGUUUUUACAAAUAUGCUGGAUUGCCAUUUGUGCUUGAAAAUGAAUCUAUCUAUAUCCGUUCUAUCCUUUACAUUCUAUCUAGUCUAUCCUAUUUAUGCAGACAUGCAAUAACGAAAGAUAUGUCCAUAUGUUUAUGAUAACAUGUAUGCACCUAGAUGUGUUAAGUUUUCGAGCAAGUAUGGUUUACCUAUUAAUACAUUAUUAAUACUUUGACUUUCUUUAGGCAGCUAGAGGAAAAACUUGCCAAGGCAUAUAAUAAGACAAUUGUUCUCAACAGCUAUGUGAACAGCACGAGGAUGUCUUUUAGUAGAGCCAGGUCGACCAAGCCGUGACUCUGCUCUUGUUUUAGGGUUGUGUUACCCUUUUCUUCCAAAUCUGUUAAUGAU